AAUUGAGCGAUUUGCAGUAACAGUAGGCUCGACGAAUUCCUCUCGGUGGUUCUACUCCGGUGAUACCACCGCAAACCCUGAUUUGAUGUGGACUCUGGUUGGAUGGUUGAUUCAUCAGUAGCUAUUGAGAAUCAUCUAUUAAGUUAGUACUAGAAAGUAGAAACAUCAACAAGAAGCUGCUUCUUUGGUGAUACUAUGUGUUAAUUCCUAUGGAAACAUUGAGGGUAUAGAAAGAAAAAAGUGUUGGAACAAAUGAGCCCAUCGGGGAAAGAAAUUUGUAUAAAAUGUGAUAAAGGUGGAGAAGUGUUGGUUUGUGCUGAUAGUUGUUGUCCUAUAGCAGUUCAUGUAAGGUGCAUGGGUUGUCCAGCCAGAUUUGAUGAUUUGGGAAAAUUCUAUUGCCCCUAUUGUCUGUAUAGGCAAUCAAUUGCAAGAUUUCAUCAAGCAAAGGUGUAUGUUUUGUCAAAAAAACAAGCUCUGGAUGAUUUCAUAGACAAGGAAAUGAUAGACAAGGUCAGAGAAGUGCCAUUAAUAGUAAGCAAAUCAACACGUGAAAGAUCUGAUGAGCCAUUACCAGAAAAGAAGAGUGAUGUUCCAGAAAGCAAUUGUGAUCAACAAUGGGUGGUUGGGCAGAAAAUACAUGCAGGCCCAGCUGUUAAUUGUGGUAGUAAACCUAGUGUUCGUACAUCUUCUAAAGCAGCAUCAACCAAUUUUAGAGUUUUAGAAGCUGGAAACGGCAUUCAGGUAAAUGAUCUACAAGAAGUUGGUGAACACCAACUAGAGAAAAGUGUUGAAGAUCACCACAAAGAUGGCCACUUAAGUAACUCUUCUGUUGCUGAAGAGGAAUUAUUAGGGAAUGAACUUGUUCUGGAAGAACCAAAAAGAAACUCCACUGAAAUUGCAGGAGAACAGAUGACAGAGGUUGAUCAAACUACUGCAAUUGUCAUAUACACAGAUCCUUCGUUGCAGCAGCACUUGCAUGGUAAAAGAAGAGCUGAAACUGCAGAUUUAACAUGUGGAGAAUCUAAGCGUGUUUCAACACAACGUGAGUGUGGUAAACGGGUUAAGAAAGUUAAAGAUGAGCAUAUGAUGACUGACCCUCCAAGAAUGUUAACUAGGAAAUCAGCUUCCUUACUUGAGAAUGGUAAUGCAGCGGGCAUGUUUGUGCAAGUUAAACACCCUUCCAUGUUACCAGAUAUCCUUCCAAAUGGGAAACGUAGAAGAGUAUUAUGGCGUAGCGAAGAGGAAGAGAUGAUUGAGGAAGGAGUUCAAAAAUUCUCAUCCAAAGUAAACAAAAACACCCCGUGGAGAAAAAUUCUAGACUUUGGUCAUCAUGUGUUUGAUCAUUCUCGCACUCCAACUGAUCUCAAGGACAAAUGGAAACAAAUGUGCUCUAAAUAUGGUGGUCGAGUUUGACCAGGAGUUCUUUGCUAAACUUGUGAAAUGUUGGAAUUGCUUUGUGAUAUCCAGAUUCAAAUGUGUGAUGAAGAGUACCUUUCUUUUUUCUUUUUUGUGGAUCGCUUCUUCAUCGAGCAAGCAGGUCAGUUUUGAGGAGUAAAAAAUUUGAAUUAGUUGUAGCUACUUAU